AUCUGUAAUAUAAAUCUGUUCAGUUUUGAACUCAAGAAAGACUUUUUGGUAGUAUCAUCUGCAGAAAGAUACUACAUAAUCAUCAUUUUAAUAAAAUUUGCCGCUAAGUAAUUCAGUUUCUUUCCCCCUCAAUAACAAAGAGAGAUUUUAUCUAACUUUUAUAUUUGGAAUAAGAAAACAUGUCGUUCACAGGAACUACGGAUAAAUGCAAGGCUUGUGACAAGACCGUGUAUUUUAUGGAUUUGUUAACCGUCGAUGGAUUGACAUAUCACAAAUCCUGCUUCAAAUGCAGCCAUUGCAAAGGAACUCUUGCGAUCAGCAGCUACUCAUCAAUGGAUGGCACUCUUUACUGCAAGCCUCAUUUUGAACAGCUUUUCAAGGAAUCUGGAAAUUUCAGCAAGAAUUUCCAUUCAACCAAAGAAAAAGAAAAUGCAGUAGCACAUGCUCCAAGCAAGCUUUCUUCCUUGUUCACUGGAACCCAAGAUAAAUGUGCCGCUUGUCAGAAAACUGUUUAUCCACUUGAGAAGAUUACAAUGGAGGGAGAAUCAUACCAUAAGCCAUGUUUCAAGUGUGCUCGUGGAGGGUGUCCUCUUACACAUUCAUCUUAUGCUGCUCUUGAUGGGGUUCUGUAUUGUAAACACCACUUUGCUCAACUCUUCCUGGAGAAGGGAAAUUACCAUCAUGUUCUCGAGGCUGCCAAGUUUAAAAAUGGAGCAGCGGCUGUGGACCAUACAGCAGACCAUGCAGAAGGGGCGCCAGAGGAAAAGGCAGAAGGCACCUCUGAGGAAAAUGCAGAAGAUAAGCCGGAAGAAGAAGCAGAGAGUACUGAGGAUCAGCCACCAGAGGACUCCUAAAUCGCGACAUUGCAUGAGUGCUUGCAUUCACCGUAUAUAACUGGUUAAACUGAUUUCUUGUUAUAACAUUUGUCAUUAUUAUGUACCCUUUAUUUCAUUAUUUUGGACUUAUAUAUGCAUAUGUAUAUCAAACAUGAUUUCCUAUGCAUGCUACUUUGUACAAAAUGAAUGCAAAGAUACAUUGUAUUUUGCUUUUACUUAAUCAUGCAUUGCUAUUAUG